AGACGAACCGCGAUCGUCGUCUGCCGGCGACAGGACUUCGCGACGAAGUAAAUAAGCGGGAAGCAAAAUGAACGCGAUAGAGAAGAAGCUCGCAGACUUGAUACGUCAACACCCGAAUCUGUACGACCAAACGCGGCGGGACUACAAGGACAAUCUGCGGGGACAUUUGUCGUGGAAAGAAAUCGCAGACAACAUGGGAAAGUCGGAGGAAGAGGUGAAGCUGAAAUGGAAAAAUCUACGCGACAAGUUCUGUAAGGCGAAGAAGCGAAUGGCCAAGAGAAGCUUCCCUCUGCUGACAGACGACGAGAACCCGGCGGAGCGGCCCGUCCCGGUGUUGUACAACCAGCUGGCCUGGCUCAGCGCCUAUGUCAAACCCAGACCAGGAACUGGCAUGGGAGACACCGACGAGGGAGCCGGAAGUGGCGAUGACCUGGAGAAAGAGCGAGACAAAGACGAGAAGCACGGCGCCCUGCCUGUCGUUAGUACGAGCUUUUCUCCCGUGGAGUCCUGUCCGAACGGGCAUCCUGAGAUGGGGGUCUCUCUUAAACGUAAAAGGCAAACCACCGCAGAGGGUGAGAUAAGUUCUCCAGAGGCCCUCACCAGCCUCAGAGAUGAAGAUGAACUGUUUUUGCUGAGCCUCCUGCCCUCACUGAAGAGGCUCACCAUUAAAAAAAGAAUGGAGGUGCGCAUGAAAUUCCAGCAAGUGCUUUAUGCUGCAGAGUUUGAGGACUGAAGGGCUCAUCAACAGGUCGAUGGAAGGGCUCGUUAUUGUAUAGUUACAAUUCUUCAAGCAUUCAACCUGUAAAUAUAUAUUUGUAAUAACUUGUUAAUAUUUAUUUUUGUAUCACCGCUGCUAUUAAAAUAUCAAUAUAUAGAUCUCUAUAUCCCAGUGUUAUCAGAGUUCUCCAUGUAUCAAAAGUUUUAUCUUGUGGUUUGAAAAUGGAGAAAAGUGUCAUUUUGACUGUAGGUGAAUGUAGGCGCCACCUGUUUGUUACUAGUUCUAAAAUAGACUUGUUAGUUAACUCUGUAAACAUGUGCAGGAAAAUCUGAUUUCACAAGCAAGGAUGAUUUUCUAAAGGCUGUUACUACAUGAACUCGGGAACACAAAAAACCGUAGGCGAUUAACAGUUUGUUUGCCAGUGAUUGCAUCCUGUUUGUGUUUUACGCAGCAUCCCAACUUUUAUGGAAUCUGAGUUUUACAACAGCCCCAAAAUAACUCCUCCUUCCUUUUUAAAGCUCACAAUGUUCAUUCAACUCAUUUUUGAAGCUAUAUGUUGUGCUGAUGUUGUACUAAACUUCAUCAUAUUAAAUGACGUGCUUAAUA